AUGGAUACUAUAAAUCCUUCAGUUGUCGACAACGAAAGUACGUUGGGUAUUUACCGUUGGUCGUCCAUUAAUCCUACGCUUCUUUCAACCGAUAGCGAUAAUAGUGUGAAUUUUUGUCGCCCUAUUAAAAUUGAGCAUCCAUUCGAAAUGGACGCGGAGCAAUCUUAUCGAAUUUCAUCACCGUCACAACUAACAUCGAAAAAUACAACAACAUCAUCCGCAACGACUAUUCCACUUGCUUCUUGCGCAACUGCCGCAGCGUCAAUUUCUUCCGCAUUUUGCAGGAGGAGCAGUGGCUUUAUCAAAUCCGUGAGUACCUAUGAAAAUUCUUUUUUAAACCUUAUCUGUUGUGUUUUAAGCCAACUUAAAAACCAACAAGUGGUUUUGCUCUUUCUAAUUUGUAUUUGUAUUCUUUGUUGUAUAGCUAUUUUUAAUUAUUAUUAUUAA